UCAAACACACGAGACGGUGUUCCCACACUCCACAGUUCAGUGAAAGGCGGCUCUUCGACAUCUCACUCUCAGAAUUAGAUUUCUACUGCGCGCCCGCUGUGCUGACAUCAGGGAAUCGUGGAAGGGUUUUCACGAUUCCUUGCCCUUGCCCUUGCCUUGGUUGACAUGGUAGAGGACAGAUGAAUUAAAUCUCGCAGCUGUGCUACGACCAGAGUGAACUCGCGAGAUCUACAGAUCCAACGUUACGAUCAGCUACCGUCCUGCUGCUUGCUUGACCUGCCAGUAACUGCCUCUCGGUCGGUGCGACUCAGAAACGCAGGUGGCAGAGGAGAGACGACGUGGACUGUGUGGGAUACCGAUAUCUUCCUUUCUGAAAGGCUUGCUCAUGCUGAUGAUCGGUUUCAACUUAUUUGUUCGUAGCGGGCGGCGAUAACGAUGGCCGGUCCAAACUGUGUGUAUAUUUCCGUCAUUGGACUGUGCUGCGGGGACUCUGAAAACCCACAUCGAGAUGUGGGAGUCGGUAAGUCAGCGCUGUGCACUCGCUUCAUGCACCCGUCCGUGGACAGCUGGAGGGAGCUGGGGUACGACCAUUCUCACUGGAUGGGACAAGGUGACUUUUGCGAGCCGGAAAUCAAUGGCGAGCACUUUCUGUAUUUCGGCGCAGCAAGACGGCGUUACCUGCCCAGAGGCCCCGUGACUACUUUUACCGAUGCUGCCAAAGACCUGACAAUCCAUGUCAUUGAACACACUACCUUCUGCAAUGACGUGCUGGGUAGGUCAUUUCCAGGUGGUGGAGUUUAUGCGCAGCGAGCUGCCAGCGACCGAAUCAAGUCCAGAGCAAGCGGCAAGACGUCUUACACUUGCAUGUCAGCCCUAGGCCUGGGAGCUGAAGGAGAUUGUCCGGUCUCUGCUGCUACUGCUGAUUCUACACUGACUUCGUCUGCUGCUGCUGCUGCUGGUGGUGGUGCUACGGCCAGUGCCAGCGACUGCGACAUGGCUGGGAGUGCGAUCAGAAAGCAAAGCUUGCCGGACAACUUCAUGAAGACGCAGUUUGGCCGGUCGGGUGGCGUUGACGGCUACGUAUUUGUGCUGGAUGCCAGUGCCGACCGUAAGAAACGCCAAGCACAGUGGAACCUGUGGGAGAGCUGCUGGGAGAGAAUACCCAGCGAGAAGAAGUCGCGCUGCGUCCUUGUCAUCAGCAAGUGCGACGAGCUGGAUGGAAUUGCAUUGGACAAGACGUGGAAUAUCAUGGAGCAUUUCACACCGGCUGCUGGCAGCUCCCAGGGUACAGUGCGGCGGGGGCGGUCAUACAAGAUCUUCGGCUCCGGUAAUGACAAGCUCCAUGACUGCCCGGCAAAGCUUGCUGUUGCUACCAAGAAGCACACCGUACCUGUGUUUCUGACAUCGGCAGAGGAUUGUGUCGGCGUUGAUCAGCCAUUCCUCUAUCUGGCACAUCUGGCAUUGAAGCUGCACGGCCGCCCGCAGGCCUCAGUCAAGUGGAAGCAAGCUGUCCAGAUGAGAUGCGACCAGCAGAGGCAAGCAUUGCUGUCUUUCCUCGGCUUCCUGAAAGCAAAUGUGACGAGCCACGCGGCGACCUGGCGCGCGCUAGCAGAGGGCAGUAACCACGGCAACGAUGCGAAGCUCACGUACUGUCGGCAAGUGAAUGGGCUUGAGAUAUGCAAGGCCGCGUUCAAGUCCCACUUGUUUGCUCUGAUCUUCGACGAGGCGGAACAAUUGGGCGGCGGACGGCGAGCGCGGAGAGCCAGCACAGUGGUACAGCUAAUAGAGCACCGACAGCGUAGAUCCUACAUUCAGCUGCAGCAGGAGGAUGAUAGCUUGCAGGACGGUGAAGUCCUGUCUGCUGCGUUGAGUCUAGCCAUGAAGCAUGAGGACCUGAUGGACUACACGCAUGCCAAGGACAGGGCUCCUGGAGAUGGUGAUAUUGGCAACUAUGAAUGUUUGCGCCGCUACAUGGCUAAGAUGAAGCACAGAGUGAGCACGAUCAUUGACAAGUGCGUGGAAACGCCGGAGGAGGCCAGUCUAGAGGAAGUCGAAGCGAGGGAGUUGGCCGGCGAAGCGACCGGAACUGCCGUUGCGCCCGGUUUGCUGGACGGUGAGUAUGCCGCUAGGUCAUCGGAGACCUGGAGGAAGCUGGAAGCACAUCUCGUUCGCUUUGUCGCCAGACUUGAACGUGCCGGCGGCGUCUACGAGCCGCUUGUCGACAAAGAUUCUGAUUCCGGUUUUGCUGGUCAAGAUGGCUCGGGUCAGAGCCGUACACGACCGGAAAUGUUUGCCAGCACUCUAUGAUCUGCCCUGGAGUCGUGCCUUGCACAGUAAGCUGAUCGAUUGCCGCGUCAAGGAUUUGCUGCACUUGAAGAUUGCACAGUGCACAUUCUGUUCAGGUUUGCAAGCAUCUGAAAUCUCGAAGCCACAAUGUUCAUCUACUACAAGUAGCAAUGUGCAGUAGUGACAGUGCAACUAGCUUCCUCACGGCACACUAGCACACUGUCAUCACACGCUAAGAACAUGAUUUUCAGCGCAUGGGCCACUUUUAAAAUGAACAAGCGGGAACCCGGUUAUUUCGCCGAUUUCUACUACACUGCUGAUGAUGGUGUGGCGACAGGCAUACGGAGCGGGGAACCGCUUCAACAGCACCCUGCACGGUCAACGCUCCUGAUUGUACGUAACGCAAGCCGCCUGCCUCUCUUUCAUCCGGUUUUAAAUUUCACGCACAUGUUGGAUGCUGUCUGCUGGGAUAACGGAUCAACGACCACACCACAUCUUUGUAAUGAUAGGAUAUCAUUGGCCUGUAGUCAAGGUCACUCGUCAAGUCCUGGUGCUAGCCAUGGCAACUGUCUAUUUUUCUUUGACUUUUUCCCAAUCAUCAUUCUCAAACGAUUUCUUUUGAAACUUGAUUUCUUGACAAAUUAAAAUUCCGUUUUCUCGGCA